AAGGAGGGCCGUCGUCUUUGAUACAGAGAUGGAGGACAGGUGGGUCUUGCGACUGUGGAGGUUGGGACAUGGGCUGCAAUCUCAGAAUUCUUACUAAUCAGCACAACUUAUCCUACCAGAACUCGACAACAUCAAACUCACCAGCCUCUUCAAACCGAUUUGAGCUUUUCUUUCUGGGAGAACAACCGGAGGAACAUCCGUUCUUGAGCUUUAAACCGAUCAAAGAAGGGAUAUACUCAGUUGUGUAUAAUCCAUCCCUUUCACAACUGCAAGCUUUCUCCAUAUGUAUGGCACUUGCAGAGAGUAGGAAAAUGUCAGAGAUCACCCGUGAGCACAAAAGCUCGUGUGAUGAACAUAAAGCUAGAGCAAAAAACGUGUUAGUCCCGGAUCAAGAUUCAAACCCUAAUGGCAACAACGUCGGGUAUCAACCGCCCCUCUCGCCUGUUGGGCGGGUCUGAAGUUUGUAUUUUUACUUCAAACCCAAAUUUUUUACUUGCAGGUAUGUGAUCAUAUUAUUAGUGUUAAGCCUUAAGAUAAAAUAGUUGCAGGAAAUAAGAAAGUAGCAACAAAAUAUCUUUAAAGUAGUUAGUCUAAUGAUCUUCCCAACUCUUAAGUGUGAAUAUUUUUUAUAUCUUAUCUCCUCCAUAUAUAAUACUUUCAUCA